GUAUCUUUAAUUUUCAAGGCCGCGGCCAUGAACCGGCUGUUAAUUUUGUUCAGUGUAGUUGUUACCACAUUGGUGUUUAUUUGUCCUUUCACAAAAGUUGAAGAAAGCUUCAACAUACAGGCACUUCAUGAUUUACUGUAUUUUGGAUCAAAUCUGACUUCGUAUGACCAUAAAGAGUUCCCUGGUGUUGUUCCGAGAUCAUUCCUAGGUUCUUUGUUAAUUUCCUGGGUAUGCGCACCGGUAGUUUACCUGUGCUCAUUGCUGAAACUAAAUAAGUUUGUCUCUCAGUAUAUCGUUAGGAUUUCUUUGGGAGUACUAACAAUCCUCAGUUUGAAAACGUUCGCAAAUUCAGUGAAAAAAGUUUUUGGGAAACAUGUGUGUGCACGUUUUCUUGUAAUAUGUUGCAGUCAAUUCCACUUUUCAUUUUAUGCUUCGAGGACGCUUCCCAAUAGCUUUGCUAAUAUACUCGUCUUAUAUUCUCUGGGCCAGUUAAUCAACGGUAAUCAGGCUGCAUUUCUUGUAUCCGCCGGCGUAUCAGUCUUAGUAUUUCGUAGUGAAUUAAUCCUCCUGUUUGGACCAUGUCUACUGUAUGCUUUAUUCACUGGACGUGUAAGCAUUGGAUGGAAUUUCUUCAAGAUAAUUAUUACAACAACAAUCAUCAGUAUCGGCUGCAGUGUCCUUAUCGAUUCCUACUUUUGGGGUAGAUUAAUUUGGCCAGAAUUAGAAGUAUUUUAUUUCAAUACAAUUUUAAACAAAAGUGGACAAUGGGGAACAUAUCCCUUUCAUUGGUAUUUCACCUCUGCUUUGCCAAGAUCUCUUCUCUGCUCUUGCUUCAUCCUGUAUGCAUGGAUCCCUAUCAUCAUGGUGAGAAUCCUCCGGAAACUUUCCACAUACAAAGAUGAUAUUAUCAUACCUCAGAGUACUGGAUUACUGUUUGUCGCUUUGAUAUUUAUCGGCUUGUAUUCAUUUUUACCGCAUAAAGAAUUACGUUUUAUUAUUUAUGUACUGCCUGUGCUGAAUCUUGUCGUGGCAGAUAUUUGGACUAACUUAGAGAAACCAGUGUUAUCUUCUAAAGGAGGAGACGUAUUAUAUAUGAAUCUAUGGAAAAAGAAAUCUCUGCCUAAACGAAUAACAGUCAUUCGUCUUUUACUUAUUUCAUGUUGUUAUACUCAUCUCCUUGUGAAUGCUGCCUGUUCACUGGUGUUAACUAAAGCGGCACAAAAUAAUUACCCCGGUGGGGAAGCAUUGAAUACGCUAAAUCAUAUGGAACAUUUAACACAUAGAAAUG